CUGAACUGCGACCGGGACCACGAACCUCUGCCAUGUGGAAGCGAGGCAAACUCGGUAUGGCGCUCCUGGUGGUUCAGGUGGCGUUCAUCAUCGCGUACGCGCUCUGCGUGCAAUACGAAGAGGCGGCGGAUGCGUCCAACGGCAGGAACAGCCUCGCCGAAGCGCUCGGAGGCAAUGAUCCCAAGGAGAAUUCCAUCGAGAAAUACUACCCGAUGUUCCAGGAUGUGAACGUGAUGGUGUUCGUGGGCUUCGGGUUUCUGAUGACGUUCCUGAAGCGGUACAGCUUCAGCGCCGUGGGCUUCACGCUGCUCAUCGCAGCCCUCACCAUCCAGUGGGCCAUCCUCAUGAGGGGCGCCUGGGACACGCACGACGGCAAGAUUCUCAUCGACGUCACUGGCAUGAUCGGAGCAGAGUUCACGGCAGCCGUGGUGCUCAUCUCCUUCGGCGCCGUCCUGGGAAAGACAAGUCCGCUCCAGCUCCUCGUCAUGGCCAUCAUCGAAGUGGUCAUCUUUGCCUGCAACGAACAUCUGGGCAUUGAAAAAUUGUUUGCGGUGGACAUCGGCGGAUCCAUCUUCCUGCACACGUUCGGCGCCUACUUCGGCCUGGCAGUGACCUUCGUGCUCAACAAGAAGGAGUACCGGGAGCACAGCAAGGACGGCUCCGUUUACCAUUCCGACGUGUUCGCCAUGAUCGGCACGUUGUUCCUCUGGCUGUUCUGGCCAAGCUUCAAUGGGGCUCUCGCGUUCGGGGACGCCAGGCACCGGGCGGUCAUCAACACCUUCAUGUGUCUGCUGGCCUGCACGGUCACCGCGUUCGCCGUCUCCUCGUUGCUCGACUCCAAGAACCGCUUCAACAUGGUGCACAUCCAAAACUCGACGGUGGCCGGCGGCGUCGCCAUGGGAGCCACUGCGGAUAUGAUGGUCCACCCCUACGGGGCCUUCAUCAUCGGAUCCGUGGCGGGGGCACUCUCCGUCUUCGGAUACAAGUUUAUUACGCCUUUCCUAUCCCGGCGGCUCAGGAUUCACGACACAUGCGGCAUCAACAAUCUACACGGCAUGCCGGGGAUUCUGGCGGGUAUAGUAAGCGCAGUUGUCGCAGCCAGUGCAACCGAAGAAGAGUACAACUACAGUCUGUACACGCUGUACCCAGCGAGGGCCCCACCCGAAAACUCGACUGACCUCGAGCAGAUCCGGUUCUACACCAUGGCCGUCCACGCAGGACUCGGUCGAUCGGCUUCCUCCCAGGGGCUCUUCCAACUCGCAGCUCUGGCCUGCACACUCGCCAUUGCCAUUGGCGGAGGACUGCUCACCGGCUUGAUCAUGAAGCUGAAGUUUUUCGACGCUCCGAGCGUCGACGAACUGUUCGACGACGAAACUUGGUGGGAGAUCGAAGAGGACGAAGCGGCCACCGAGGCCACGCCCGCCGCUCCUCGGCCACCCAGCAAAGGGAACCAGAUCGCCAUGAUCGAGACCCAACCAGACAGCGCCAGGGCCAGACUCCCUGCGCACUUCAACGGCGCGUACGACGUUUCCGCAAGUCCCUGACGCGACUCGGGAUCGGCGCCGGCCUCUUCAUCACCCGCAUCCACAUCUAUAAAUAGCGCACCUGCAGCGGUGCCGUUCCUUGUGCCUUUGAGCGACACGAGCGGUGUCGCCGUCCCUCACAUUCGUUGCAGCACAAUCAUCGUACUCUGACGCAAUAUGCAUGUAUGCUCUCGCCAGAUAUACUUCGCGCGGCAUGCUGGAAGACGCGCCCAAGUUCUCGAUUUGAUUUUGUGCGCGCUGCGCGUACGUUGGGGCACGGAAAUGGGUAGAGCAUGCAGCGUUUGUUAUUUGGGAAGACACCUUGCCAUUUUUUAUAUAAAUGUAUGCGGUAUAAACGAGGAAAUAUUCUUCCCGCUGUACAAAUAAAGUGUUAUGUUACAGUUG